AUGCCGCCAGCAGCGUCGCCUCGCAACACCAGCACGCUCGCCAAAUUAGCGCGCCGGACCCUGGUCACAGCGGGGCCGGCUGUCGCCUCGCAGGCUUCGCAUCACUUUGAGCGCCGCGGGUUGAGUGUAAAUCACACCCAAGGGGUUACGCUGGGUGUUAUUGCUGCGUAUGUUGUCGUUAUUGCGUUGUUGUGGAACUUGCCGUAUGUACGGUGGGUGUUGUGGCCGUUCAAGAUGCUCGUCAUAGCCUUUCAUGAAUUCUCUCAUGCAAUAACAUCCUGCUGUACCGGCGGGCGAGUGGAGUCCAUCUCCCUUGAUCCCCAUGAAGGCGGUGUAACGCAUAUGCGCGGCGGCAAGCAAUUCAUAACUCUGCCUGCUGGCUACUUGGGCUCCUCAUUGAUAGGUGCUCUGCUGACCUUUUGUGGCUUCAACAUCGUGGCAUCCAAAGUAGCGAGUAUAGUGCUAGGCGUUUGCUUCUUGCUGACACUAUGGUGGGCGAGAAAAGACUGGUUGACUAUCGUCACAAUUCUUCUCAGCGUAGGGCUACUGGUAGCCUUCUGGUUCAUCGAACAUGGCGAGGCGUUGAGGUUCAUGGUCCUUUUCAUCGGCGUCAUGUCUUCUCUCUACAGCGUCUGGGAUAUCUGUGACGACCUCAUUCUCCGUAAGGUCAACUCGUCUGAUGCCAGCGUCUUCGCUAAGCGGUAUGGCGGUUCGUCGCAAUGCUGGGGUGUUAUUUGGUCGCUUGUGUCGUUGGUGUUUAUGGUAUGCGGAAUCCUUGCGGGAUUGGCAGCCUUUAAACAGAGCUUCGAACAGCAAGAGAAGGAUAGUCAAGACUUUAUUCCUACGGUACGGAUGAUGAUGAGGGUGUGA